AUCUCCCGCGUUACAACGCUACACCGCGGUCUCCGACAGUCACUCAGGCAGAAGCUUGAGGAGUCAAACGACUCCCUCUUCAGCCUUACUUACGAUCAGUACGUGGAGACAAUGCAAAGCGCCGAGAGGCGUUCGAAGCGUUUUCAGCCCAGCCAGUCCAGCCAGUCCAGCCAGUCCAGCCAGCCCAGCCAGUCCAGCCAUCAGUCCAACCGAAACCGGUUCAGCCAACGGAUGGAUAUCGAUCCCAUCCGAGUCAACUCCUUUAGACCUGUCUUUACCCCAUCGAGAUCCCGCUCCUCCUCUACCUCGUCCAGCUCCUCAGCUGAUCGCAGAGAGUAUCGCCUACUCAACGACCUCUGUCUCUGCUGCGGAUCAGCUACCCACUGGAUAGAAUCCUGCCCCGAAUCUCGUUCAGCCAGACCAGCCAGCCCGACCAGACCAGCCAGCUCAGCCAGACUAGCUAGACCAGCCAGCCCAGCCCAGCCAAGAACUAAGACCACCGCUCGUAGCCCCGCAAUGGAUGCCCUCUUCAGAUCGAAAAAGGGAGGGGCUAUCUCUUAA